AUUGUCUUCGAAGGAAGUGCCGAACACUGCACGCGCUAAUGGAAAUAUGUGACUCUCGGCUUUUCCAAACGUCUGCACACCGUCGCGCAGAUGUCCAGCUCCGAUGGACGUACCAGCCAGGGCAGUUCCCGAGCGUAAGCGGCAAGCGGUUCUCUCUGCGGACCGCCAGGACAUUGACGCUUCCGAAUAUCCUUAUCAAACCUUGUUUUCCCUGUGAAAAAGGGCAGAACCCGGGGUUAACUCGCGGUUCUUGCCACGAAACUACCGAUCGACCUUCAGUGGAACGAUGACGCGUCCUUUAACUCCGUACAUCUUGUGUCCACGCCUUGUCAGUGCAGGCCUCGCUGGAAGUCGCCUGCCACGGAGCUGUCUUCCUUGGCUCUUCGGCAGCUUUCCCAGCGACCGUGGUACAACCACGUAGGCGGAAAUCAAGUGCAUCUCGAGCGACUCCGUCAUUCUUUCGAACGCCUACAAAGCCGGCUGCCACACCCAUCCGGAGUUGCCGCCGUAGAUAGCGGUACUUCGAAGUGAGAAAUGUGGAACAGCGGGCAAAGGUGGUAAGCCCAACGACCAAGCUCUUCACCUGAGGUGCAGGUUCAACGUCUUUCCUCAGCAUGGCUACAAACUCUCGACUGCCCCCUGCCUCCAAUCUCCCUGCUUCCCUCUUUUCUCAAGACAGCAAUUUCAAAACAUCGACCUCCUCUCUCGGGUCGACAUCGUGUUUUGUCGCAUGUGUCGUCGCUCCUGAUGGCCGGGUUGCCGCCACCUACCCUGGAGGCUCUAUUCUUCUUCUUCACCGGAAUCCGCAUUGCUGCACUUUGAUUCCCCCUAACGCUUCGGGACGUUAUUUUGAACAGUGCGAUGUGGCAGGCGGCAAGAGAGGCGCGUUUUUCGGAACUCGUGUACCGUCCCGUUUCCUGUCUCACUGCGUCAAUGAUGUUUCUCUCCGUGAGAAAAUUCGGCAGCUUCUCUGCGUUCGAAACACAUUCCUAGCUUCUAUUACUGCUCCCCUUCCCCAUGGUACCCGCUCGCGCAGAGACACGAAACUGAAUCUGUGGACGGGGUCAUCUGCUGAGUGGCCUUCCAGAAGCAGCGAUCUUCGUCUCCUCUCAGACCGGCCCGCCGCUCCUUCCGGUUCCUCUCCGAGGCCGCUGGCGUCUGCCUUUUUCGAGGACACUGCUUCGUCUCAGGCGUCUUCGCGUGCGUCAAAUCCGACCCGUCCAGUGGGUGCGUCUGGGGAACAAGCUUUUUCUCUGAAGCGAUUCUCCACCGUUAUCUGGUCCUCUCUUCCCGCGGAGACGCAGAGGACCCUCUGUAGCUCGCUACAGUCUUCGCUGGGUGCUCUGCUGAGGGCAACGGCGGCCGUUUCCUCUCUACAUUCGCCAUUUCGCGACCAGCUUUCUCAACUGCUCCAGGAAACGCGAGAGUCGCUGCGCGAUGCAGAGCGGCUGCUCAGUCCGUUCUGGGCCUUCGGCGGAGUUACAACGGACCCCGACUAUGGGGUGCGCGUCUGGGCACUGGACCUUCUCGCGGUUGCCGAGAGCCAAGACAAUGCCGGCGUUCUGCCCAACUCGAGAGACAGUUUCACCUCCCUGGAUUCGCUCUCCAUCGGUCACGACACCAGUGCGCUGUUUUCACGAGAGCCGUGCCACGGGAACCGGCCUCUCCAGUGCAGCCAGUUUGCGGUCUACCUGGAGCUCGAUGUCAGUGGCCAGUUUGUCUUCACUCGGUGGCCGGCGCGCUUUUCCGAGCGCCGCAGACUCGUACCAGUCACUUCUUUGAUUGCGGAGGCGGCAAACCUGGAUGCCGAUUCUCUCAGGCGCCGAAACGCCGAUCUUGACGCGUCGCUUGACAAAGCCGAGCUGCUCGAACAGGAUGUGCGUGUGGGCGCUCUAUUUUCCGACGGCUUCGCGGACGCUCUCGGGCUGUCCAGCACUGGUGAACUGGGGGGGGCGGGCGUGAAGCUGAAAAGGGAACCGGGACUGACUCUAGCUUACGUCUACGAGAUUCAAGAGCAAAUGCACUUGCUGGAAGCCGCGAGUCUUGAAGCUGCUUGGCUGCCGGCGCUGCGGCUCGCGCUGUCCACGCACAUCUUCAGGCAGCUCCAAGCGUGGCUGGGAGGCCUGGAGGAGAUGCUCCAUGUGAUCCGGAAAGAAACGUUUGAGUCAGUCUCUGUCUGUCCAGGUGUAUCUACCUUCGAUGCUCGAAAAGACACAGCCUCCGAAGCCUGGUUCAGAGGCCGUUCCCAGUGGACGCCAGGAGACCGAAGGGGUGGAAGUUCGAAAGUUCUUGGCGAGUGCCGGGGAAAGGAGCGUGAAGCUGAAGAGCGAGAAGCAUUCGACGAACGAGCUCCACUCAGUGACGUCGAAACUAGAAGGCGACAUCUUCAGCACUCGGCGAAACGCGGCUCUCAACUGACGCGUCUCCUGCAGCUUUUGGGAGGUUUCCAGACAGCGCAAAAAGACGUAACGCAGCUUUUUUCGUCCAUCUGUUCCACAAGGGGCAGGGAGACACUAAAAAAGGGGUAUUCAUCUUCACACAGGAAGGAGGCGUCUCCUUUACACAGGGUGAAAAAGACGGAUGCUUUACCGACCUUGUCUCUCUCUCAAAUGCAGUCCUGGUCCGUUACUGAUCUCGCUGUGGAAGUCGCCCCUCUCCCCUCUAUUGCUCCGAUGCCGUCGUCUUCUUCCGACUGUGGCGGCUGGAGCGAAGGACCGCCUCUGCCUGUGGAGGUGCUGCAGCGGCUUCACCUUCUGUCUUCUGGACAAAUUCGAGAGAGUUCGGAGACACUUUCAGAAGACACGUCGGCACCACUGUCCCCGCAGACGUCCCUACCGAGCUACACAGCAACGGCGCGAGUGACAUCGUCUGUUUCGGAGACCGAAAGAGAGUCUCUUGCAAAGGAGACUGGCCGUCACUCGGCAGGGUCUCUCUCAUCGACCUUAUCGCAAGCAUGGUCUUCUCACCCAACAGAUACGUGCAAGGGCUCUGAAGGCCCAGCCUUUCGCCUCCCGGUCUGCAGGGAAGACUGCAUGCCGCGAGUCACCGAAAGGACCACCCUUCAUGGGUCGAUCCGUCCGUCUCGCAUGCAGCACAGCAUUUUCGGGACUGGCUCUGCGCCCGCGGCAAGGAGUCCUGAAAGCUUUUUCAAGAUGCCCCCGUCUCUGAUUUGCGUCAUUCCCUCUGUAGGCGUGAUCUUUUCGGGGCUCACCGACCGUGUGCUGUCUACGCGGUGUCUGUGCUUGCCGUUUCCCUCCGCGAGCAGUCUGUCAGGCACUCGCGACCGCGAACAGACUUCUGACUCUGGAAGCGUUUUCUCUUUGGCCUCCGAGCUUCGCGCAAUUCGGCGGUGGUGGCUGCCCUCGAAGGCAUGCACCUUGUCAGACUUCAACGGGGUUCUCGCCUCACCGCCUCCGACGUUCCCCGCCUCUUCUUCGCCGGCCGCGCAUGCGAGCAGCAUUUGCUGGAGUCUGAGCGCGGCGUCCAGCGGAGCUGAGAGGAUUCGCACUGUCUCCCUCCAGUGGCUCCCGCGAGACCGCCACCAAGAGCCGCUGCGGAGGCUUCUAGGUGCGGCAGAGUUGCUGACUCACGCCCAGCUGGUCUGCGUGCAUGCUGUCGACCUUCUGGGCUCCCUCGUGAUGGAGGGUGCAGCUGCCCUGGCGCCAGGCUUAUGGGACUCUGCGCGCAACGAAGAGGCGGCUGCCGCAGCCAUCGCAGAAGCUCUACCGACAGUUGCUCGCCAUUUGAGGCCCGAUACAACAGAAAGAAGGUCCUACGCCUCCCAAAUCUGGGGCAGAGACGAAGAAGGAACGAGAGACGAAGGAGUGGGGAGAGGUGCCAAGGGCGAAGAAGGGGGGAGGUGGGGAGUCAGGUCAGUGGGGGGGCGUGAAGAACGGGAAGACGUCGCUGUCGCUACAGGCGAAGAGGCUCUGCAGCUUUUGUUUGAGGCGCUCGCAGAGGCAGAUUGCCCGAUGGAAAACGUUUCGCUGGGGAAGGUAGAAGGUUCAGAGAGAGAGCUGCAAGGUGAGAGGGCGAGGGCGGCCGUGGAGAACAGAGGGGACGUGGAAAGAGAGAGAAGAAAGGCAGCAGGGGCAUUUGGCGCUUGCGUGGAAGUCGAGCUCGAACGCUGGCAAAUUCCGGCUGUCGGAGUCUUCUCGCUGACGAAGAAGGUCCUCAAUCCGGGGUUCUCGUCCGCGUUGCUGUCCGCCGCCUCGCGGGUCUUCGCGCGGCUGUCGGGCGUCAACUCGCUCACUUGGGGAGACUCCGCUGGAGAAAUGACUUCGAUUUUCGGUUCUCCUGCAAGUUCCUUUGAGGUUGGGGAUGGCGAGGAAGCUGGAAAUCCACUCGAGUGCCCGAGCUGGUUCGGGGGCUGGAAUUGGCGCGCUCUUGGAUCUUCUCCAGUGAGAAGCGAGGCAAAGGACCCUUUGACUUUGGCAGGCAGCUCCUCCAGUCCCCCGAGGAAGCGGGGCGAAACCGCUUGGCUCACGCGAAGCCUUCCCCAGUACUUUUGCAUAACGGGAACUCUGGCCUCUUCUGGAGUUUGCGCCACUUUGCACUUCAGCACGGUGCAGCAGGAGGUGAGAGAACCGCAGAAGCUUCCGGCGUACGCACAUCCCGCUCCGGACGGGGGCUUCGCGUCCCGAGUGCCUCUCGCAUGUGAAAAACAACGUGCAGUGUACGGACGGCCGCCUCAUCUCCGGGCUGCUCGUGGCACGGUUUUGGGGAACGUUUUCUCGGAUCGGAGUCUUCCGUUGAUGAAGGAAGACCUCUGCGCAGAGUUCGCGGACGAGCCUUCUUUGUCGGCCCGCGUGAACCAGCUCGCGCAAGGUUUCUCGCGUAGCAGCGACAAGACCUGCGGCGCGGACGGGCGGUCUGCGAGCCAAGGACUGGCUUUGCGGGGGACUUCGCUUCCCUCUUUGAAUCCUCGCGAGAGGCCAUCUGCCCAUCUCCAAGGGCAUCUCGACAGGAGCGAAGGAGGAGACGUCUCGAGACGACUCUCGAAGCGCCAGAGUCACGUCGUGACAGGGGAGGCUUCGUGUCAACCCGAGUCGGAAGACGUCGCAGCCAAGAGCUCCCAGGAAGGCCCCCAAACUUCUUUUUGCCGUUUCUCAUUCGAUGCCUCGGACUCUAAUACUCUCUCGCUGACAGCCGUUGUGGUUACCCACGUCUCUGCGUUUCGCCAUAAGACAAACAACGGAGAGCUUGUUCGUCCAGAGGCGCUCACAUCUCCUGGAGACGUCGCUGAGCUGCUGGCAUGGGCAUGCGCUGCGGCGCCGCCGGCGCGUUUGCGGGGAAAAUCCGAAGAGCCUGCGGCCGCUAGGUUGGGCGCUUCCCGGGGGGGGAUGCCAGAGAAUUUGGAGACACUCGGCGGGGACCGGAAGGAGAGCUGCCUAGAAACCGCGGAGUCGAGGAAAGCACGGGAGACGUUUCUGAACUCGAGCGUGACGCCCGCGGAUGCUGAAGAAGUCCGAAUUGCGAUCGCAGCUGUGCUGGACUGUUUGGAGUGUUGGCGACAAGAAAAAGAUGCGGAAGCUGCGAAGGAACUUUUCGCAGAUCUGAAUCGAGAAGUCCUCGAACAAAGCGAACGCAUUGAAAGGAGACUUCGCCGGCACAGGAGACACAGCAAUGCGGGUGAAAAGAAAAACCAGCGGAUAGAGGUGGGAAGAGAGAUUCUCUGUGAUUCGGGGGUAGAACAGGAGCGAAAAACAUUUCAGCGACUCUGAGCAAGAAGGAGUGGAAGCGGCAAGAACAAAGAUCCUGUCAGGGACUAAGGGUGAAGUUGUGGAGACGCCUGCGAACGUGGUGAAGGGAAAGAGGAAAGAAUCGUGGGGGAGAGUGAUUUGAGCCUGUUUGGUUUUUACAGGGAGG